UGUCACGACUCUAAUUGAAGAGUAUCCGAAAUGGCAACCGGAAUCGGUCUCGGUUUGUGCUUUGCGGCUGGGAUAAUUCUGCGACUUUCCUUGUUCCGAACAAACUUGCCUGAUUGGUUCGCAGAAAGAGUAGAAAUAUCUAACGCGCUUACAUCAUGGCAGAAAACUCUGGACGGGAUUGCACUUCAGGACAAUGAUAUCUCUCCGUACAGGGGCGAUUUGUUUCAUGAGACCCCAAUUAUGUUGCGUGUGUUCAGUUUUGUCUCAAAAGUUCUAUCUUCAAAAAUGCACUACUUUUUUGUGUUUAUUGACAUUCUCAGUGGUCUUGUACUGGCUAGUAUGGGCAAGGAAUUCAGCAGAUAUUUGUUACAGAAACAGGUCAACAAUGUGAAGAAUUAUGCGGUGGGUGUGGAGAAAAUUAUUCUGCGUAAGGAUCAUGUUGACUUGAUCCCCUUGGCAAUUGUGGCAACGCAUUUUCUCAACCCCUACAGUGUAGCAGUGUGCCUGGGGAAAUCCACCGCAGUUAUAAACAACUUUUUUAUAUUCCUGACAUUCAUGUUCAUGUUGAAAGGUAACCUGUUGAUGUGUAUGGGUACAAUCGCUAUGGCAACCUACCAGUCCUUGUAUCCAGUCAUGUUACUGGUACCCGCUGCGAUAUAUUUUCAACAUAUGAGUGGUCAGACCAAGAAGACAGAGUCAUCUCAGUUUAUAACCGGGUGUGGUGUAACCUCUAUGGUUGGUGUCGGCAUGACCUUGGGCCUCUACCUGAUCUCCUACUUUCUGGAAGGUUCCAUGAGAUUCCUUGGGGCAACGACUGGUUUCAUCCUUGGUGUACCAGACUUGACACCAAACCUUGGGGUAUUCUGGUACUUCUUCACGGAGAUGUUUGAGCAUUUCCGACCAUUCUUCAUCUGUGUGUUCCAGAUCAACGCUUUCCUUUACACAGUACCAUUGGCGGUUAAACUCAGGGAUCACCCAGUGUUCUUGGCCUAUGUGUUGGUCACCUUGAUGUCCAUAUUCAAAUCGUAUCCAAGCUACGCAGAUGUUGCUGUCUUCAUCACAUUGCUGCCCAUGUGGAAACAUGUGUUUUCAUAUAUGCGCAACACGUUUGUGGUCACAAACAUGUUUCUAGUCUGCAUGGUGAUGUCUCCAAUCCUGUGGCAUUUGUGGAUAUAUGCAGGUAGCGCCAAUGCUAACUUCUACUUUGCAAUAGCCCUCACAUUCUCAACUGCUCAGAUUUUCCUCAUCGCAGAUCUGAUGUUUGGAUAUCUGCGACGAGAGUUCGAUCUUCACAAUGGACUCAAACAUAAACUGGACAAUGGCAAAGAUGCCCAAAUUGUCAUGGAGUGACUGUAAAAACCAUUCAAAACAUUAAUUUCCAGACUUUCUAGUAUUUGUUUUCAGUGUUUUGUAUACAUAUUUUGUAUGAUCUUUAUUGUAUGGAACUUUAAUGCUUUUUUCUGUGAAAAUGAUCUUUUUUGUGUGGACCUGUAAUGUACUUGUGUAAAAAAACAGCUUUUUGUGUUCGUGCUGUCAUUGAGAACAAAACAGAAGAAGAUCCGCAGAGAUAGCUCAAAGUAAUUUUUAACUGAAAUUAUAACUUUUUGUGGGCUCUACUUUUGACAUUGUUUUUACAUAUGUGUCAUUGCAUCAUAUACAGCUUUCAAAUGCAAUACUGAUUGUUUUGAAAGACUUAUUUAUAUUAAUUGAAAUUGAAUUUCGUGGAUUAAUCAAAUCUGGCAUUUUCCUUUGAACUUAAAUUAGUGAAUUUUUUUUAAUAUAAUAUCUGAAAGUGACUUGAGAUUCGAACAUUUGUAAUUUUGUGGUUUAAAGGACACAUGAAAAUUAGUUCCAGACAAAUAAUAAAUGUUUCGCAGUAUGCUUAUGAUGGACCAUGCAUUUGAUCCCAUAAGGUAUGAUGCAUGUACAUUUAUUACAUUUGUGUGUUUCUUCAAUGUGUUUUUCUUAUGCCAGCACAAAAUGGGAGGCCUUAUGUAAUUCACUUGGCAGCCCAUAUGUCUGUUCAUCCUUAAAUCUUGUAGGGACUGUAUUUUCAUUGAACAGGCACUUUUUAUGCCCCCGAAGGAGGGCAUAUAGUCAUCGCACUGUCAGUCUGUCUGUCCGUCCGUCCCUCUGUCUGUCCGUCACACUUUGCGUUAAGGUUUCGGAAAAUGCGCAUACUAAAGUAACUUUAGCUGAAACAUUCAUAUUUGGUAUGCAUGUUUAAUGGACAAGGCAUUUCCAUAUGCACACACAUUUUGACCCCUUUGACCUUGAACUUAGGGUCCGCGUUAAGGUUUCAAAAAAUGCGUUAAGGUUUUGAAAAAUGCCGAUAACUUCUAUCAAAGCGUUUAUCGGGGGCAUAUGUCAUCCUAUGGAGACAGCUUUUGUUAAAUCACUGAACGCAAUAAUGUUUUCCAUGUAGAGAUAGUGUGUCAUGUGCAAAUUGCUGUCAAGAUCAUUUUUGGAGCAUACUACAGCUAGCCUGGAUGUCAGAUCAAAAUUUAUCAUGCUUGUUAUAUGUCUGUCUUUUGAUGGGUCUUGUUAUGAAAACCUCCCUGGCAGAAGAAUGGGAUGGCAGUAAGGCAGGAAGCACAUUCAUAGUUCCUGCUCCCUAAGUCUUAAAGUUUGCAGCGAAUCCUUACCAAAAUGUUUUGAUUUUGAAUGCAGAAAAAUCCACAUUCCAUAAUUAACAAAUUGUCCCAGGGUACUUAAAAGUUACCGUAUUGCUCUUUACUUAUGUACAAUUCCACAUUUAACUGUUCCUGCUAUCUAAGUCUUACAGUUUUAUAGAAUCUUCAAUGCAGGUUAAGUUGAAUAAGCACUCAAUGUUCACUAGGCACUAUACUGUUAUAUUUUUUUAUUAAGAAAAUGUAAACUUUU